AUGGCGAACGACCCUCAAGAAACAGGAGUUACAAAGCGUCUGCGCUCGGUCAAGAACGUAAUCAUCGUGCUCUCUGGCAAGGGCGGCGUCGGGAAGUCCUCAGUCACCACGCAGCUCGCCCUCAAUCUAUAUGCGUCUUCACCCACUGCUCGAGUCGGGAUCCUCGACGUAGAUCUCACUGGGCCAUCUAUACCCCGAAUGUUGGGCGUCGAUGGGCACGGCGUGCAUCAAAGCAGUGAUGGCUGGGUUCCUGUGUAUGCUGAUGGCCCCUCAGCCCGGCUGGCAUGCAUGAGUGUGGGGUUCUUAUUAAAGAACAAGGGAGACUCGGUAGUUUGGAGAGGCCCGAAGAAGAACGGCAUGAUUAGACAAUUCCUGAGCGACGUGAGAUGGGGCGAACUAGACUAUCUGGUAAUCGAUACCCCUCCAGGGACUUCUGACGAGCAUCUAUCCUUGUUGGAACACCUUGGCCCUGUACAUGCGCGACUGUCCUCGGUCAUCGUGACGACCCCGCAGGCUGUAGCGCUGCUCGAUGCCAUGAAGUGUUUAAGCUUCACGCGCGCCGUGAAUCUGCCGGUUCUGGGGCUCAUCGAGAACAUGAGCGGUUACGUAUGCCCCUGCUGUGGUGAAAUUAGUAAUGUGUUCUCGACAGGCGGAGGGGAAGACAUGGCGAGGCGGGAGCAGCUGACCUUCCUCGGCAGCUUACCCGUAGACACGGAGCUGGUGACACUGCUGGACGCAGCAGCCGAGCAUGAUGCAGAGAAGUCGGCAAUGACCAGCGGAACGGAGCCUUUCGCGCUACUGUCGCGAUACGAGAAGACGUCGUCAGCCAAGCUAUUUAAGGGAAUCGUUUCUCGUGCACUUGGGAAGCUGACUGGCGAACACGCGGUCGAAGAAGCUGGGCCGUAA